UAAACAAAUACUUAUUUUAGACCUCAUGCAAAGAGAAAACUGAAUAUCUAGAGAAAAUGAUUCAGAGGAAUGAAAGAUACAAACAAGAUGUGGAGAGGUUCUAUGAACGUAAACGACAUUUAGACUUGAUUGAGAUGCUUGAAGCAAAAAGGCCAUGGGUGGAAUAUGAAAAUGUUCGUCAGGAAUAUGAAGAAGUAAAACUAGCUCGUGACCGAGUGAAAGAUGAGGUCAGAAAACUUAAAGAAAGGCAGAUUCCUAUGACACGUCGAAUUGAAGAUAUUGAAACACAGCGUCACAAUUUGGAGGCUCGAAUCAAAGUGAAGGCAACAGACAUUAAGGAGACAUCUCAAAAAUGCAAACAAAAGCAAGAUAUUAUAGAAAGGAAAGAUAAGCAU